AUGGAGGGCCAGUUCAAAGUCAUCAUCGUAGGCGGGGGUCCGAUAGGGCUACUCGCCGCACAUACUCUUCACCGUGCUGGAAUCGACUUUGUGCUUCUCGAGCGCCGACUGUCAAUCGUUGAAGAUGUGGGGGCUAGCAUCGUUUUAUACCCACAGACAUUCAGGGUCUUGCAUCAACUCGGCAUUUUCGAGACUUUGUUUCCGUUGGGAACCGAGAUCGACCACCACCUAUCAUUCACGAAAGACGGGAAGGUUUUCAAAGAGAGCCCGAAAUUCCAGAAGAUCAGGGAUAUCCAUGGUUACGGACUUACCGUAUUCCACCGCGCCGAGCUCCUCAGAGUUAUGUACGAUUGCCUACCGGAGGCCAGCAAGACGAAAAUUCUCACAGGCAAGAAAUUGGAAAACAUAGAGGCUCAUGAUGACGGCGUUAUUGUCUCAUGUGCCGACGGAUGUGUAUUUCAAGGGUCUAUGGUCAUAGGCGCAGACGGAGUUCACAGCACAACUCGCCGCCUGAUGCGCAAAAUUGCACUCACAGACAAUCCCUCGCGUGACUGGGAUCCCGAGCAACCCUAUAAGUCAACAUUCAGACUGUUAUAUGGCGCUUUCCCUGCAUCUUCUCCACCUGGUCAAGGAUACGACGUUCAGUCCUCAGGAAAGUCAUCAAUGUACUUCAGCGGCCACAGGCACGGCUGGUUCUUUUUAUAUGAUAAACUACCAAGACAAACUACGGAGAGCAAGCGCUAUAAUGAGAAAGAAGUUGAGACACUUGCCGGGGAGUUUGCCGACUUCCCAUUGACCCAAACGUUGAAGGUCAAGGAUGUGUGGGCAAACAUGUCUGCGACCGGUCUUACAGAUCUACAAGAGGGAGUUGUCAAGAACUGGAGCCUGGGAAGAAUCGUACUUGUGGGUGAUUCCUGCCACAAAUUCACCACACAUCUUGGGCUUGGAUUAAACAACGGAGUCCAGGACGUUGUGGUAUUGUGCAACGACCUCGAAGCCAGAGUCCGAGAGGCACCCGAUGAAUGUCCAGGUGCUGACGCCCUGGUCCAGGUAUUCGAGAGAUAUGAGACCACCCGGAAGAGCCCAGACUGUUCGUUGAUGGGCGAUUGGGAAAACUCAGGACUCGAGACGCGCAUGCACACAUGGUCAAGCACUUUCUAUUGGCUGUUAUCUCGAUGGCUUGCGGUUUGGUCAUUUGGGGAAUAUCUGAUCCUUCGAUUUAUGAAAUCCCCUUCCUUUCAGAAGGCCCGAGUGUUAGACUUUAUACCAGCUUCAGACAUCAUGAAGGGUAAUUCGCCCUGGCUGUACCAAAUGGAGGAGCCGGAAAAAAUGAGAUAA